CUGAAAGGCACAAGGACUCGAGAAUUUUCAGUUUUUGUUUAAUGGAAUAAAAAAUACAUAAUUCGUUUAAAUGUGUUUUGCAAGAACUAUUCUAAGCUAUAAAAAGAACAUAUAAGAAUUAUCAUACAAAAACAUAAUGAAGACAAUCGCACGCACGCCAUUGCGUCCACCAAAAACGCCACGUUGUCAAACCCAUCAUAAUGAUCGUAAAUCUGAUCAUGAUCCCAAUAAGCCUCGUGAUCCUGUGCAUGUUUACUGUCGCGUGCGACCAUUGCAAUCCGAUGCAGAUUUGUCCAGUGUGCGAGUAAAAAACUCAACCACCGUGAUCUUAACACCACCAGAUCAAGCCUUGCAACAUAAACAGGGAGCACAUCGUGAAAUGCAGUAUAUUUUCAAGCACGUCUUUGAACCACACGUUUCCCAAGGCGAUGUAUUUAAUGCUGUAGCACAACCGUUGGUUGAGAAUCUAAUACGGGGUCGAAAUAGUCUAUUAUUUACCUAUGGUGUCACUGGGAGCGGUAAAACGUACACAAUGACAGGAGAUUCUCGUCAUCGCGGUGUUAUGCCACGUUGUUUAGAUGCACUCUUCAAAACAAUAUCAGACUAUCAAGCAAAGAAAUAUAUUUUCAAACCUGACAAACUAAACGGAUUUGAAAUAUUGUCUGAAGCAGACGCUCUACUUGAACGACAAGCAGAAAUGAAUAGACGUUUUGCAGCGGGAGAGCGCAACGCAUUAAGGCGUAAAGAUUCUGAUCCUGAAAUCGCUUCACAAGCCUCUUGUGAGGCAGCACCCUUACAUGGGCUUGAAGAAGAUAAUAUGUUUGCAGUUUUUGUGACAUAUAUUGAGAUUUACAAUAAUAGUGUCUACGAUCUGCUCGAAGAAGAUGCACCUCAGAAAACUUUGCAAAGCAAAAUUAUUCGGUCAGAUGCCAAAAACAACAUGUUUGUACACGGUGUAACUGAAAUAGAAAUAAAAUCAGUUGAGGAAGCUAUUGAAGCUUUCCAAUUCGGUCAGAAACGUAAACGUAUGGGUCACACAGUGCUAAAUGCCGAAUCUAGUCGUAGUCAUUCUGUAUUUAACAUACGUUUGGUACAAGCGCCGACGGAUUGUCAAGGAGAGCAUGUUGUGCAAGAUAAACGCACCAUUGUAGUAAGUCAGCUAUCACUGGUAGACUUGGCGGGUAGCGAACGUUCAUCACGUACAAAAAAUACGGGAAUGCGUUUGCGCGAAGCAUCAAGUAUAAACAAUUCAUUAAUGACUCUGCGAACGUGUCUGGAAUAUCUACGCGAAAAUCAACAAGCGCCACUAAAUAGUGCACCCAAGAAGAUUCCAUACCGCGACUCAAAACUCACACAUAUGUUCAAAAACUACUUCGACGGCGAGGGACAAGUGUCGAUGAUUGUGUGUAUCAAUCCGCGAGCUGAGGAUUAUGACGAAAACACGCAAGUAAUGAAAUUUGCCGAGAUGACACAAGAGGUACAGAUUGCUCGCGCCACACCCAUGAAACCAGAUCUUGGUUUAACUCCCGGACGUCGAAAGGCGAACAAGCUGUUCAAGAUAGCGGUGAACAAUCUCAAUGACUUGGGGCAUACCGAAGCCAACAAACUGGAUGUGGAUAUUGGUUUGGUGUACUCAUUGGGACCCGGUUUUCCUGAUUACAAAAUCGAUAGUCCGGAAGCGCAAACUGCCAUACAAGAGUUGAUGCAGUAUUUAAUGCAACGCAUAGAAAAACGAAAAAUAUUGUGCGCCGAUCUAGAGACUCGUUGUGAUAAUUUUAGAGCGCACCUGAUGCAAAUGGAGCGAGAGAAUUUACAGUUACGUACGGAAUUGGCAUCACUAAAAACGGUUUACAAACAAGAACGCGAUCGUAUGAUAGCCAUGGAGAAUAAAUUACGUGUGCACGAGAGCUCAAUUGAUGAACUUAACAACAAAUUGGGCAAUCGUGAAAGACAGAUCGAUGAACUUACCAGAAAAUUAAGAGAUCAACAAAAUCUGAUCAAUCAAAAAGAGCAAGAAAAAGAGAAACAAAAGAAGAAAUUCACUUCCAAACUAGCGGUGGAGGUGGAUAAAAAAGAUCGCGAACUGGAGAUAAGAUUACGCGAACAGCGCGACAAAAUGCGUGAAAAGAUGCGCGUGCGUGAUGAAAAAUUACGCCUCGUGUCCAAUAUUAUACAAUCGGAGGAUAUACCCAGUUUGGUGCGUCGGAAUAGCAAUGAUGAUAUUUUGGACAAUAAAUUGGCGAUUUCAGAGCCGCCGUCAGCCACGCGUGGCGAAUCGACACAAGUGCAUAGCGCGCGCACCGAAAUAUAUGCCACGCCACGCCAUGUUAGAGGCAUGGCUGCAGCUAACAACAGACAUCGUCGCUCACGUUCUGCUGGCGAAAAGUGGAUCGAACAUCGUGCACCCAAUCCUGUGCCACUCGGUACUAUUCUCCAACCAUAUCUGAAGAAUCGUAAAUCUGUAACGAAGCUAACCGACGCCAAAGAGUUGACGAAUCACAAGAAUACCAAGUACUGUCUGGUUUCGCAAGAGGCAGACACAGACGGUGAUGUUGAAACCAAGCUCUACAAAGGCAAUGUUAUACCGACCUGUGGCGGUGGCGCACAAGUAGUGUUCGAUGAUGUGGAAUGUUUGAAGCAGAAGUCACCGGUGCCAUCGCCAAACCGCAAACGUCCAAGUAAUGGUGGCGGUGCAACUCUUAGUGGUUUGGGUGUUGCAACCUCGUCGGCAAUGUCGGCGGCGGCGUUCAGUGGCGGCACAAAUGCUGCGCAAGAGUUGAUGUCGCGGUGUAGUGUUGGCAUCGAAGGUCAUAAUAAUAAACGCACCAAAGUGUAGAGAGAUUAUGCAACCGUCCUUUGAUAACUACGAUAAUAAUGAUAAUGAUGACGAUAUACCAUCACUUUGUAUUAAAAUUUA